GUUAACAUUGUUUUUUACGAGUAUAUACAAAUUGUAUCCGUUCAUUUUUAAAUGUCUUUUAUUUGGUUAAGUAUUUGUCGAUAGCGUUCGUAUUAUUGACCUCCAUAAAUAGACAGAUGAACAGCUAAUGAUAUUACCCUGGAGUUAAGAGGGGAAUCACCUGAAAUUUACGUGUAAAGCAUGUCUACAGGUACAAUGCAUGGUAUUUCAUGCUUUGGCGCUACUUGUCAGGCAGGUGAAGAGUUCUGUGACCAUCUCUCACGAUUCUGUAUUAGCUGUUCUGCAACUGCAUGGAAAAAAUUAUGUUUCACAUCAGAUCACAUAUACAACUGUACGGAUUAUUGUCGAGCCUUGGAACUGAAAAACAGACCCCCAAACCAGCCGGAAGCAUAUCAAAUGCCUCCGUUGCUUAUUGCAGUGAUAGCGGUCUCACUUCUGGUCACCAUAGGGAUUGGAGUUCUUGUAGGAGCGUUGUUUCGGAAGUAUUUAAUUCGGAUUAAACCUCUUUUACCAUGUUUCGUUGACCAAAACGGAACCAAUGAAACUAUACCUGAGAACACAGACAACCAUGAUGACGAGGCCGAAGUAGUGCUACUAGAAACUCCUAUCGAUCCACACCCUGUUCAAGUUACCGAAGAAGAAGCAACUGAACAUAAGUCCAAGGAUUACCCAAAGUUCGGUCCUACUGCUCUUAAAAAUCACGAGGAAGCAAAACUGAUGUAAAUAAAUCGCAUAAAGGUGGAAAGCAUGGGGGGUUGGGGUGGGUGUGGGUGAUGGAUCCCUGUACCCGCUUUUCACGUUUAACUUGUUUGAUACCAUCACCCUUUUAACCCCAUGCCCAAUCACAACCCCUUCUCCCACCACCUGUCACAACUUCAGAUCCGCCCCACGGCCACGUUCUUAAAGGAAUGGAAACUUGAAAAUUUGAUUAACUUUCUUCCCUUUUCAUUCACGAGAAAUCUACAUAUAUCACUGUGAACGAACUUUGUCAUGUUGAUUAAUCUGUGGACUGUUCCAGACGAGAUGUUAUUUCCCUGUGUGUUGAAGGACGGAGGUUGUUAUUGUGAGAGAAUGAUACCAUAUUUGUACAGAUGUAUGUACAAAAGACAUUCACUUUUACCAUGCAUGUUAUCCCAAUAAAAUUUGAGUUUGU